AUGGCUGAAGGGUUUGGGGAAUGGUUGUUUGGGGAAUGUAUAUCCCAGUACUUGCUUCGGAAGGAGAAAGAGGAUCGUUUGACCAGAGUUUGUGGAUAUGGUGAUGAUACCACAGUUUUUGUAGUUACUGUGGAUUCGGUGGUUGGUGUUCAGGACGUGGUGCACAGCUCCGAGUUGGCCACGGGGGCUGUCAUCAUUUUUGAAGCAGCCGCCACUGUACCAGUUGAAGCAGCCGCCACUGUACCAGUUGAAGCAGCCGCCACUGUACCAGUUGAAGCAGCCGCCACUGUACCAGUUGAAGCAGCCGCCACUGUACCUGUUGAAGCAGCCGCCACUGUACCAGUUGAAGCAGCCGCCACUGUACCUGUUGAAGCAGCCGCCACUGUACCAGUUGAAGCAGCCGCCACUGUACCUGUUGAAGCAGCCGCCACUGUACCAGUUGAAGCAGCCGCCACUGUACCAGUUGAAGCAGCGCCAUUGAAGACGAAACUCAGCAGCCCUCCUGGUGACCUCAACGGUAACAUACUCAGCAGCCCUCCUGGUGACCACAACGGUAACAUACUCAGCAGCCCUCCAGGUGACCACAACGGUAACAUACUCAGCAGCCCUCCAGGUGACCUCAACGGUAACAUACUCAGCAGCCCUCCUAAUGACUACAACGGUAACAUACUCAGCAGCCCUCCUGGUGACUACAACGGUAACAUACUCAGCAGCCCUCCAGGUGACCUCAACGGUAACAUACUCAGCAGCCCUCCAGGUGACCACAACGGUAACAUACUCAGCAGCCCUCCUAGUGACCACAACGGUAACAUACUCAGCAGCCCUCCUGGUGACCACAACGGUAACAUACUCAGCAGCCCUCCAGGUGACCUCAACGGUAACAUACUCAGCAGCCCUCCUUGUGACCUCACUGGUAACCUACUCAGCAGCCCUCCUGGUGACCACAACGGUAACAUACUCAGCAGCCCUCCUAGUGACAACAACAGUAACAUACUCAGCAGCCCUCCUAGUGACCACAACGGUAGCAUACUCAGCAGCCCUUUUGGUGACCUCACUGGUAACAUACUCAGCAGCCCUCCUAGUGACCUCACUGGUAACAUACUCAGCAGCCCUCCUAGUGACAUCACUGGUAACAUACUCAGCAGUCCUCCUAGUGACCACAACGGAAACAUACUCAGCAGCCCUCCUGGUGACCUCACUGGUAACAUACUCAGCAGCCCUCCUAGUGACCUCAACGGUAACAUACUCAGCAGCCCUCCUGGUGACCACACUGUUAACAUACUCAGCAGCCCUCCUAGUGACAACAACAGUAACAUACUCAGCAGCCCUCCUAGUGACCUCACUGGUAACAUACUCAGCAGCCCUCCUGGUGACCACAACGGUAACCUACUUAGCAGCCCUCCUAGUGACCUCACCGGUAACAUACUCAGCAGCCCUCCUAGUGACCUCAUUGGUAGCAUACUCAGCAGCCCUCCUAGUGACCUCACUGGGAACAUAAUCAGCAGCCCUCCUAGUGACCUCACUGGUAACAUACACAGCAGCCUUCCUGGUGGCCACAAUGGUAACAUACUCAGCAGCCCUCCUAGUAGUCACAACAGUAACAUACUCAGCAGCCAUCCUAGUGACCUCACUGGUAACAUACUCAGCAGCCCUCCUAUUGGCCACAACAGUAACAUACUCAGCAGCCCUCCUAGUGACCUCACUCGUAACAUAUUCAGCAACCCUCCUAGUGACCUCACUCGUAACAUAUUCAGCAGCCCUCCUAGUGACCUCACUGGUAACAUACACAGCAGCCUUCCUAUUGGCCACAAUGGUAACAUACUCAGCAGCCCUCCUAGUAGUCACAACAGUAACAUACUCAGCGGCCAUCCUAGUGACCUCACUGGUAACAUACUCAGCAGCCCUCCUAGUGGCCACAACUGUAACAUACUCAGCAGCCCUCCUAGCGACCACAACAGUAACAUACUCAGCAGCCCUCCUAGUGACCUCACUCGUAACAUAUUCAGCAACCCUCCUAGUGACCUCACUCGUAACAUAUUCAGCAACCCUCCUAGUGACCUCAUUGAUAACAUACUCGGCAGCCCUUCUAGUGGCCACAACGGUAACAUACUCAGCAACCCUCCUGGUGACCUCAACGGUAACAUACUCAGCAGCCCUCAAGGUGAUCUCAACGGUAACAUACUCAGCAGCCCUCAUAGUGACCUCACUGGUAACAUGCUCAGCAGCCCUGCUGGUGACCUCAACGGUAACAUACUCAGCAGCCUUCCUAGUAUCCACAAUGGUAACAUACUCAGCAGCCCUCCUGGUGACCUUACUGGUAACAUACUCACCAGCCCUCCUAGUGACCUCACUGGUAACAUACUCAGCAACCCUCCUAGUGGCCACAACGGUAACAUACUCAGCAGUCCUCCUAGUGACCUCCCUGGUAACAUACUCAGCAGCCCUCCGAGUGACCACAAUGGUAACAUACUCAGCAGCCCUCGUAGUAUCCACAACGGUAAGAUACUCAGCAGCCCUCCUAGUAUCCACAACGGUAACAUACUCAGCAGCCCUCCUAGUAUCCACAACGGUAACAUACUCAGCAGCCCUCCUAGUGACCACAACGGUAACAUACUCAGCAGCCCUUCUAGUGACCACAACGGUAACAUACUCAGCAGCCCUUCUAGUGACCACAACGGUAACAUACUCAGCAGCCCUUCUAGUGACCACAACGGUAACAUACUCAGCAGCCCUCCUUGUGAUCACAACAGUAACAUACUCAGCAGCCCUCCUGGUGACCUCAACGGUAACAUGCUCAGCAGCCCUCCUAGUGACCACAACGGUAACACGCUCAGCAGCCCUCCUAGUGACCACAACGGUAACAUACUCAGCAGCCCUCCGAGUGACCACAACGGUAACAUACUCAGCAGCCCUCCCAGUGACCACAACGGUAACAUACACAGCAGCCCUACUGGUGACCUCACUGGUAAAAUACUCAGCAGCCCUCCUAGUGACCUCACUGGUACCAUACUCAGCAGCUCUCCUGGUGACCUCACUGGUAACAUACUCAGCAGACCUCCUAGUGACCACAACGGUGACAUACUCAGCAGCCCUCCUAGUGACCACAACGGUAACAUACUCAGCAGCUCUCCUAGUGACCACAAUAGUAACAUACUCAGCAGCCCGCCUUGUGACCAGAACGGUAACAUACUCAGCAGCCCUCCUAGUGACCACAACGGUAACAUACUCAGCAGCUCUCCUUGUGAUCACAAUGGUAACAUACUCAGCAGCCCUCCUGGUGACCUCAACGGUAACAUGCUCAGCAGCCCUCCUUGUGACCACAACGGUAACAUACUCAGCAGCCCUCCUAGUGACCACAACGGUAACAUACUCAGCAGCCCUCCUUGUGAUCACUACGGUAACAUACUCAGCAGCCCUCCUGGUGACCUCAACGGUAACAUGCUCAGCUGCCGUGCUAGAGACCACAACGGUAACAUACUCAGCAGCCCUCCUAGUGACCACAACGGAAACAUACUCAGCAGCCCUCCUAGAGACCACAACGGUAACAUACUCAGCAGCCCUCCUAGUAUCCACAAUGGUAACAUACUCAGCAGCCCUCCUAGUGACCACAACGGUAACAUACUCAGCAGCCCUCCUAGUGACCACAACGGUAACAUACUCAGCAGCACUCCUAGUAUCCACAACGGUAACAUACUCAGCAGCUCUCUUGGUGACCACAACGGUAACAUACUCAGCAGCGCUUCUAGUGACCACAACGGUAACAUACUCAGCAGCCCUUCUAGUGACCACAACGGUAACAUACUCAGCAGCCCUUCUAGUGACCACAACAGUAACAUACUCAGCAGCCCUUCUAGUGACCACAACGGUAACAUAAUCAGCAGCGCUUCUAGUGACCACAACGUAACAUACUCAGCAGCACUCCUAGUAUCCACAACGCAACAGAAAAAGCCAUCCAUCAUGUCAAACCCUUCUAGUGGCCACAACGUUAACAUAUUCAGCAGCCCUACAAGUGACCACAACGGUAACAUACUCAGCAGCCCUCCUAGUGGCCACAACUGUAACAUACUCAGCAGCCCUCCUAGUGGCCACAACGGUAACAUACUCAGCAGCCCUCCUAGUGGCCACAACGGUAACAUACUCAGCAGCCCUCCUAGUGGCCACAACGGUAACAUACUCAGCAGCCCUCUUAGUGACCACAACGGUAACAUACUCAGCAGCCCUCCUAGUGGCCACAACAGCAACAUACUCAGCAGCCCUCUUAGUGGCCACAACGGUAACAUACUCAGCAGCCCUUCUAGUGGCCUCAACGGUAACAUACUCAGCCGCCCUCCUAGUGACCACAACGGUAACAUACUCACCAGCCCUCCUAGUGACCACAACGGUAACAUACUCAGCAGCCCUCCUAGUGGCCAUAACGGUAACAUACUCAGCAGCCCUCCUAGAGGCUACAACGGUAACAUACUCAGCAGCCCUCCUAGUGGCCACUACGGUAACAUACUCAGCAGCCCUCCUAGUGGCCACAACGGUAACAUACUCAGCAGCCCUCCUAGUGGCCACAACAGUAACAUACUCAGCAGCCCUCCUAGUGGCCACAACUGUAACAUACUCAGCAGCCCUCCUAGUGGCCACAACGGUAACAUACUCAGCAGCUCUUCUAGUGGCCACAACGGUAACAUACUCAGCCGCCCUCCUAGUGACCACAACGGUAACAUACUCACCAGCCCUCCUAGUGGCCACAACGGUAACAUACUCAGCAGCCCUCCUAGUGGCCACAACGGUAACAUACUCAGCAGCUCUUCUAGUGGCCACAACGGUAACAUACUCAGCCGCCCUCCUAGUGACCACAACGGUAACAUACUCACCAGCCCUCCUAGUGGCCACAACGGUAACAUACUCAGCAGCCCUCUUAGUGGCCACAACGGUAACAUACUCAGCAGCCCUUCUAGUGGCCUCAACGGUAACAUACUCAGCCGCCCUCCUAGUGACCACAACGGUAACAUACUCACCAGCCCUCCUAGUGGCCACAACAGUAACAUACUCAGCAGCCCUCCUAGUGGCCACAACGGUAACAUACUCAGCAGCCCUCCUAGUGGCCACAACGGUAACAUACUCAGCAGCCCUCUUAGUGACCACAACGGUAACAUACUCAGCAGCCCUCCUAGUGGCCACAAGAGUAACAUACUCAGCAGCCCUCCUAGUGGCCACAACGGUAACAUACUCAGCAGCCCUUUUAAUGGCUACAACGGUAACAUACUCAGCAGCCCUCCUAGUGGCCACUACGGUAACAUACUCAGCAGCCCUCCUAGUGGCCACAACGGUAACAUACUCAGCAGCCCUCCUAGUGGCCACAACAGUAACAUACUCAGCAGCCCUCCUAGUGGCCACAACUGUAACAUACUCAGCAGCCCUCCUAGUGGCCACAACGGUAACAUACUCAGCCGCCCUCCUAGUGACCACAACGGUAACAUACUCACCAGCCCUCCUAGUGGCCACAACGGUUACAUCCCCAGCAGCCCUCUUAGUGACCACAACAGUAACAUACUCAGCAGCCCUCCUAGUGGCCACAACGGUAACAUACUCAGCAGCCCUCCUAGUGGCCACAACAGUAAUAUACUCAGCAGCCCUCCUAGUGACCACAACAGUAACAUACUCAGCAGCCCUCUUAGAGGCCACACCAGUAACAUACUCAGCAGCCCUCCUAGUGGCCACAACAGUAACAUACUCAGCAGCCCUCUUAGAGGCCACACCAGUAACAUACUCAGCAGCCCUCCUAGUGGCCACAACAGUAACAUACUCAGCAGCCCUCCUAGUGGCCACAACAGUAACAUACUCAGCAGCCCUCUUAGACGCCACACCAGUAACAUACUCAGCAGCCCUCCUAGUGGCCACAACAGUAACAUACUAAGCAGCCCUCCUAGUAAGAACAUCUGUAACAUCGAAAAUAAAAUGCCUGUGAGACAAGCAAGAGAAGUGUCUGUGCCACAGAGGCCGAGCUGUGACUCAACGGGCCACAGACGAGACUGA